AAAAACAAAACGUCGAAAAUUAUAGCAGUUUGCACUUUAUAGUUGUAAAGACAAAGAAAACGAAGAAAAGCAAAUAUAUGAAUGAGCUGCGAUAACAUUAGCGAUGGCAUACAAGCAUAAACUAUCGAUCAAUCGAUUGCAAGCAAAAACUGAAACUGAAAACAAUACAAAAAUACAAAAAAAAAAAGAAGCAAAAAAUAGAAAUAGAAAAGCAAAAGCAAAAGCAAAAAGCUUCAAACAAUAAAAAUAAAACCAAAACCAAAAACGAAACGAAGUAAAGAAGUUGAUGUUGGAUUUUUGUUUGGUGUUUGUUCCAGGAAACGUCCGAAUCGCCCCAACAACACGCUAUGGGCGCUGGCUCGGUUCACGGCGGCGGCUUAAGCAGCAGCAGCAGUAGCGCAGCCGCCACCGCCGCCGCCGUUGCCGCCGCAGCCGCUGCCCACGAGCAGCAGUCGCAAAGCUCGCCACCGCCCCAACUGCACCUGUUUCCGUGCAUGUACUGCGGCGCCACCUUUGCCAACCAAAACAAACUGACGCGUCACUUGCUCUCGCACUCACUGAAGUCGCUCGAGUACCGCUCGAACCUGCUCUCCACGCACGACCUCAACAGCCUGAGCCUGGCUCAGCCGUUCCCCUUCCAGAUGAACGCCGCGUUGGCGGCCAGUGCCGGCGCCAGCGAUCCGAAGGGCCUGGGCCUGGCUGCGCUCGAGAUGGAAAUAGCGCUGCAUACCAGCUGCUUUCAAAGUCUGACAGCCAGCCUCGAGUCGGCGGCCGCCGCCGGCGGCAGCGGUGUGCCCGGCUCGAGCGGCGCCAGCGGUCGUCUGGGCCUGAGCGGCUCCGGCUCCUCCACAUCCGGCAAUGGGGGCAUUUCGGCUGCAUCAGCCAGCCUGCUGCUCGGCAGCGGCGCAGCUGGCAGCGGUCUGGGUAGCGGUGCUGGUGGCGGCGGUGGUGGUGGCGGCGGCUGUGGCAGUGGCAGUGGAGGCGGUGGCGGCUCCUCGUCGCCCUCAACGUCCGCCGCAGCGUCGGCAGCGGCGCAGUCCGGCUCGUCGGCCGCCUCGUUGCUAGCCGCGUCAAGUGAUCCGAAUAGUGUUGUCAUGUGUAAGUUCUGUGCUAAAAGUUUUCCCGAUGUUACAUCACUGAUCACGCAUUUGUCGGUACAUACAGGUGAUCGACCAUUUAAAUGUGAGUUUUGUGGCAAAGCGUUUAAGCUGCGCCACCACAUGAAAGAUCAUUGUCGCGUGCACACGGGUGAGCGUCCCUUCAGAUGUCACAUGUGCGGUAAAACAUUUUCACGCUCAACGAUCCUCAAGGCGCAUGAGAAGACGCAUUUUCCCAAAUAUGUACGAAAGUUCUUGUCACCAAGCCCGGUCGACACAAAGGAUGAGUUACCGCAAUAGUGAAACGAUUUUAGUUUGUUAUUAAAUUAUUAUUAUUACUGCUAUUACCAUUAUAAUAAUAACAAUAACAACAGCAACAACAACAACAACAACAUCAACAGUAAUGCAAGCUAUUUGCAAAAUAAUCAUAAUUUCAACUACAAUUGAUGAAAUGCAGACAACAAACAGCAACAACAAGUUAAUGAGCUGCAAAGAGUUUAUAACAACUAUAGCAACAAUUUAGACUUACUUAAGCCUUAAGCGCAGGACUUAGACCAACACACAAACACACACAUACACAAACACACACACACCUAUAAACAUAUACAUAUGCAUAUGUAUAUAGCAGAUGUACAUAUUUUAUUACUUAUACAUGUAACUAAUGAUGAGGCAAAAGAGUCCUGCAACUAGAGCUUGGCUCCUUUUUAAAUGCGUAGAACAGAGUUAGCCGCACACACACACACACACACACACAGAAAAACACACAUAUUAACUACUUACAAAGAGUGAAAGGAGUAAGCAGGACAGAUUACACACACACACACUAAAACACACACAGCCACAAUUUGUAACAAAUAUGUAAUGAGCAGAAGGAAAAGUACGCGGAAUAUAUAUGUAUAUGUUUAAUUCGAAUUAAGUCCGUUAAAGCAAGAGACCGAGAGACAGCAAAGAGGAAUAGAGAGAGAGAGAGAGAGAGCGAGAGAAUUAGAGCGCAAGCAAAGUUUAAGAGUUGAUCAAGCAACCGUUUUUUUUUUUCUAUACAAUAUUUUUAGUAAGCAAAGUGCAGCGUGCAAGUUGUAGCAGGAAUUUAAAUAAAAAUAAAAAAUAUGCAAAAAGUAUAAAAAGUAA